AUGGAUUUCAUCAAGACCAGUUCCCUGCGUGCUCUGAUUGAGUUAACUUUCCAACGCAACUGGAACGGCCUCAUUUGGAUGAGUAGAAAAGGAGUUACAACCAAAAGAGUGAAGACUGUCCAGACGGCUCUAUCGAGAAUCAGCGCCCAAACCGCGCAGACCGGCUGGCCGAGGAACGAAUGUUCACGCUCGGCCAAAAUCACAUCCGUCCGUCUGAAGUCUCGGCCAAAGUUCAAACGUCGGCCGAUACACAUCACGACCCGGGAAAGAUGUCCCGCGGUCGGCCACGCCACAACCGCUCACGCCAUGCCGCGCACGACCACCGCGCGAGCCGGGAAACAAAGCCUCGCGGCCGCGCAACUAUCUCGCGUACCACGGCCGAUGGUGUGA